AUGGAGUCCAAAAAGGAACAAGUCAAAAAUCUCAACAUGAAAAAUAGCAAACAAGAAAACGAAGGAGGGGAUCAGACCACAGUGCAGAAUGAAGAGGAAUCCCGCUAUUUGGGAGGGGGUGAAGGCUGGAAGCCUGUUACAACUGUCCGAUGGGGGCAGGUUUGGCGACUGGUCCCUAAUUUUCAAUGGGGCAUGCCUAAUAAGCAUGUUGAUCACAAUGAAGCAGGAGAUAAUGCAGAAAAGUUUGUAGGGCAGAUAAUGGAAAUCAAGAGAAAGACUAAGGAGCAGCAGGUGAGGAGCUAUAUGCGAUUCCAAACUCCUGAACCUGACAAUCAUUAUGACUUUUACCUCAGACCUUGA